AUGCAUUUUCUUCUGUCUAUAGCGUCCUCCAUACUCUACGCGUCCGUUGUACAUGGAGCCAUACCCCCGAAGCCCGUCCCUCCUCCAUCUUCGGCAGAAUUGAUUGCUUUCACUGGUAAUUCCACAUUCGAGCAGCUAAUCGAUCACGAAAACCCACAUCUUGGAACGUUUUCUCAGCGUUACUGGUGGAACUCGGAAUGGUGGUCAGGGGAAGGUUCACCGGUUGUGCUUUUUACUCCUGGAGAGAGUGCAGCUGAUGGUUAUGGCGGUUACUUGACAAACAAAACCCUUACGGGUCGUCUUGCAAAGGAACUAAAAGGAGCAGUGCUAAUUAUCGAACAUCGUUACUGGGGUCAAUCCUCACCAUACGCUGAUCUAACGACGGAGAAUUUAAGAUACCUUACAUUGGCGAAUUCUAUUGCCGACCUCACAUAUUUUGCGAAAAUCAGUAGCAAUGCUCAAAAUGCGCCAUGGGUCUUCAGUGGAGGAUCCUAUAGUGGUGCACUAGCGGCCUGGACCGAAUCGACUUCCCCGGGCACUUUCUGGGCCUACCAUGCAUCAAGUGCGCCAGUGCAGGCUAUUUAUGACUUUUGGGAAUACUUUACUCCUGUCCAAGAAGGAAUGCCACAAAAUUGCAGCAAAGAUAUCACGAGAGUAAUUGAAUAUGUCGACAGCAUCGGAAAAACAGGGUCGAAGCAUCAAGUUCAGAAGCUGAAAGAUUUGUUUGGCCUUGGCGAUGUUGAGCACUUUGACGAUUUUGCAAGUGCGCUCGAAAAUGGGCCCUGGUUAUGGCAAUCAAAUACUUUCUAUACCGGCUACUCGGAAUUUUAUCAAUUUUGCGACUAUGUUGAAAAUGUCCAAAAGGGAUCCAAACGCCUCCCAGGCCCGAGUGGCGUCGGCCUGAACAAAGCCCUACAUGGCUAUGCCAAGUGGUUCAAAGACAUUUACUUACCCGGAUCAUGUGACAAAUAUGGCUAUUGGACCGAUAAUAGCACGACGGCAUGCUACGACACCUACAAUGCAUCUAGUCCCAUGUUCACAGAUCGAUCCGUCAACAACACUAUCGAUAGGCAAUGGCAGUGGUUUCUUUGUAACGAGCCUCUUUUCUAUUGGCAAGAUGCUGCGCCAUCUGGUGCUUCAAGUCUCGUCUCUCGUACAGUCAACGCAGAGUACUGGCAAAGACAAUGUCCAUUGUUCUUCCCCGAGGUUAAUGGCCAUACUUAUGGCAGCGCAAAUGGAAAAACAGCAUCGGAUGUCAAUUCAUGGACCAAAGGUUGGGAUUUGACCAAUACCACCCGACUCAUCUGGGCAAACGGGUACGUGUCCUCUCUAAUCCACAAUUUGAUCCUUGGAGAGAUUCUGGUGUAUCCUCAAACUCUCGCCCGGGUGGUCCACUUCAAUCAACGGCCUCCGCCCCUCUUCAUGUUAUUCCGGGGGGGGUUCCAUUGCUCCGAUCUCCUUCUCAAGAAUGGUGCCGCAAACAAGGGUGUUCAAGAUAUUAUUGACGCAGAGGUCUCUCAGAUUAAAACCUGGGUGAAGGAGUACUACCAUUGA